AUGGAUUUUAAAGCAUUUCUUCUAGAGUACAUGCCCAAUGGAAGCCUAGAGCAAUUGUUACAUUCUGAUGAUUACUUCUUGAAUAUGAUCCAAAGAUUAGACAUAAUGCAUCAGCUUUGGAAUAUCUCCAUCAUGAGUCAUGGUUAUGCAACAGUCGUUGUACAUCGCGACUUGAAGCCUAGUAACGUCUUGCUAGACGAAAGGCUGGUUGGACAUGUGAGUGACUUUGGCCUGACCAAGUUAUUAGGAGAAGGAGAAUCUAUUGCUCAUACCAAUACACUUGCAACGAUGGGCUAUAUUGCACCAGAGUAUGGAUCAGUAGGAUUAGUUUCUAGAAGAUGUGAUGUGUACAGCUACGGCAUAAUGCUCAUGGAAACAUUCACAAGAAAAAAGCCAUAUGAUGAAAUGUUUCAAGAAAAUUUGAGCAUGAGGAGUUAGGUCUGUAAUUCAAUACCUGC